AUGUUAUUCUAAAUAUUACUAAUACUGUUGGGAUUGCUAAUCAGUUGGUUUGUUAUUAAGCCUUUGGUCAUAAUGAUGAAGUUGAAAUUAUAAUUUGGGUCAACUUGUAAAAUAUAGUUUGGAAUUUUUGGAAUUUUGGGAUUGAGUAGCUAAUCUAUUAUUGAGAAGAUGAAGAGAAAAUCGAUACCUAAAACUGUAAAGUUUAUUGUGCAUAAUUAUGCUUCAGCCGUUUACAUCUUAAUAAUUGAUCCUGACUAUUAUUAAUUCAUGUUAAACAAUCACGAAAACUAUUCUUAAAUUAAUGAUUUAAAUACAAGUCAAUUAUUGGAUGAAGGUAUUAUGUUUUAAUAAGGAGAGAGGUGGAAGCAAUAACGUGAAUUGCUUAUUUAAUAUUUUGACAUUGAUAAACUUAAAAGGAAUUUACCCAAAUUAAAUGAGAUUAUUAAACAAAAUUUUAAGCAAUAUGAUUAUUAGAAUGAUUAAAUUCAAACAACUUUAUUGAUAAUAAUAAGUGAUAUUCUUAUUUAAAGCUUUUUUGGAUAAGAUGCAAAUAAAUUAUUGAUUAAUAACAAAUGUAUCGGGUUAGAAACCACUGAUUUGUUUGAAGCAUUAUCAAAAUUGAGUAGAAAACCAUAUUCAAUAUGCAAAAAUAUUCUUUUUGGAGUCUAAGCAUUAAAAAUGUUUCCUAGCUCAGAGGAAUAAAUCAUUCAAACAAAAAUAAAUAAUAUUAAAUUUACAAUAGAAAAAAUUAUUCAAAAGAGAAUAGUUUAGCACGAACUUAAGUUGGAUGAAGAUGAAAAUGAGAUAUCAUAAAUGUCAGAGGAUAUCCUUAAUAUAUAUAUUUAAGCCUAUCUUUAAACUAAAAAAGGGAACAAUAGAAUGUCAUUUGAAGAAAUAAAAUAAUAAUAUUUUACAAUAUUUAAAAUAGGCAGUCAGACAACUAAUUAAAUAAUAUAGGCAAGUCUGCACUAUUUGGCAGAAUAACCUUAGAUUUAAAAUGAAUUAAGAUAGGAAAUAUUGAGCAUUUGCAAAACAGAUAUUAUUUCAUAUCAGGAAUUGAAGAGCUUAGUUAAAUUGAGUGCUUUCUUAAAUGAAGUAUUGAGAUUCGUUAAUCCAAUUCCUAUUGUUAGAAAGGUUUAGACCACUCACUUUAUUAAAGAUUUAAAACUAAAAAGAAAUUGGGUUGUCAUGGUAGAUAACUCAGUUACGAAUUCGAGUGAAAAAUACUACGAUAAUCCUAAAGAAUUCAAUUACUAGAGAUGGCUAUAAUCAGAAUCGAUUAAAGAGAACAAUAAUUAUGUUUUUAUUCCAUUCUCAAAUGGACCAAGAAAUUGUGUUGGGUAAAGCUUAGCCACAAUGAUUUAUCAGAUAAUCCUUAUUAAUAUAUUGAGGAAUUUUGAAGUAAAUGUAAAUGAGAAAUCAAAAAAUAAUAAGUCGAUCACUUUUGUACUAUAGAAUAGCUCCUUUAAAUUAAGUCCAAUUUCACAAAAAUGA